UUUUUUUUUUCAGCUUUUAAUAUAAUUCGUCGGUGCUCUGUAUUUUCACCUCUGUUUUUUUUCUUCUUCUUCUUCAGCUUCUCAGAUCACAAAAAUCUGAAUGUAACUCAAGAAAAACACCCCCUUUUGCUUUUACAUUGCCAUUUUUAUCACUUUUUUGGAUUUGGGUUUCUCAAAUUAACCCUUGAAAUCUCAGUUUUUGAUCUGAAUUUCAAAGAUUUUGUAUUGGGUAAUUGGUUAAAACGAAGACAAACAAGUAGAUAGAUAUGUAUGGUGUAAAAGAUAAAGUUUCUGAGAAGCUAUCUCGAUUGUUUUCAGCUUCUCCUUCUAAAUCUGUUGAUCAACAAUCUCAGGCCAGGCUGUAUACUAAGGAGGGAAAAUCAAUAACAUCAUUUCUAUCUUUCCUUCUACCAUCAACAUAUUUUGUGAAUAUAAGAGAUCGAAGAGAGGUCAAACCACUUCAAUCAAAUUCUUUUACGUGGAGAAGUAAAAGUUUCUCGUUGCGCGAUAAACCUCUGGAUGAGUUUGAGGUUCACAAUGAUUACAAAGAGAUACCAGAUAUUCAUCCAGAAGAAGAUGAAAAUGGCUCCAUCAGGAGUUCAGUCUGUGUGAAGGAGACGGUAAAUGCAGACAACGAUAAUGGAGAGCCUACUUCUGCUGGGAGCAUUGCCAGCGGUUCUGAAACUUUUGAAGAUGCUCCUGAUAUACACAGCUUUGAGCAGUCACUGGCCUAUCUCACUACUGAUUCUGUUUUCAUUACUCCAAAUUUGUAUGAUUUUUUCCAGUCUUCCCUUCCUAAUAUAGUGAAAGGUUGUCAAUGGGUCUUGUUAUAUAGUACGGCCAGACACGGUAUAUCACUCCGCACUCUGAUUCGCAAGAGUGCUGAUAUUUCUGGUCCUUGCUUGCUGAUUACUGGUGAUAAGAAGGGUGCUGUGUUUGGUGGGUUGCUCGAGGCACCGUUAAAGCCUACUGCGAAGAGGAAAUACCAAGGAACAAAUCAAUCAUUUGUAUUCACAACUCUAUAUGGUGAACCAAGGUUAUUUAGACCAACAGGUGCCAAUAGAUAUUUCCACUUGUGUUUGAAUGAUAUCCUGGCACUCGGAGGAGGCGGAAAUUUUGCUUUAAGCUUGGACGGUGAAUUGUUAUCUGGCAGCAGUGGACCUUGUGAAACAUUUGGGAACUCAUUUUUGGCACAUGAUCAAGAGUUUGAACUGAGGACUGUUGAGCUAUGGGGUUUUGCGCAUGCGUCUCGAUACCUCCCCUCAUGCCAAGCCUAGAUUUUCUUGGUUCAUUUUUUUGUUAGCUGUACUUUUGAAUACUUCUAUUCAUUCUUUCGUGUCCAUGAAGCAGUUGUCUGUAUAAUCUGCUGGACAUGGGCCGAUUGUAGCGUAGGGAUGAAAGUCUAGCAAUUGUGAGUUGAUAUUCAUGUAGAUGAUUUUUAGUUCUGAAUCCUUCAAGCCAGGGAAGGCUUUAUAGUGUAUGAUUGUUGUGAUUUUAUGUAAUAGCAAACUACCAAGUUAAAUUUUA